AUAGUGCUUGUACACAGUAGGCCAACACAGAUUCUCCUAGGCAGCUCUCUCUAAGGGUUAGCAGUAAUACACUGAGGUAAACACUCCACAGAGAGCUAAAUAUGUAUCUUGAACUGAACAUAAUUGUACAAUGGUAGACAUCUGUUAAACUAACACAUGAGUUUAUGUUAUUCCCAAUUCCUCCACUUGUAAUUAUUACCUUGUCCAUUCUUAACCUGUUCGUUAUCCUUUAACUAUUUCGCUUUGGCCAUUUAUUGACCUUCCCCUCAGCCCAAACAGUUGGGGAUCAAUCAUGGCCCAACCUUUCAAUCAUUAAUCUGUGCAGCCAAGCCGUUCUCAUGCCAAAGCUUGUUCUGGGGGUCGUUGAGAAGAAAGAAAAGAAAAAACAUUUGAAAACCUCCUUGGCCAAUCGCCAUGAGACUCUACCUUCUGUUGGUGGAGUGCUAUAAAGAUAACUGGGAGUAUACAGGUGGUGAGAAUUCCAGAGCAGAACCCAGACAGUGAAACCGUUCUGUACGUGAAGUUGAGACAGUGAAGUGAAGAGAGUGAAGACACCUGUAGACUUGCUUACAGAAGAAGGUAAAACAAGAAAAUGGCUGUGUUGGGACUAGAGAUCCUGGGGAUGAUCCUGGCUGUCCUGGGUUGGAUAUUGAGCAUCGUGUCCUGCACCCUGCCCAUGUGGAGGGUGUCCGCUUUCAUUGGGGUCAACAUCAUCACGGCUCAGACCAUCUGGGAGGGCAUCUGGAUGACCUGUGUGGUCCAAAGCACGGGCCAGAUGCAGUGUAAGGUAUAUGACUCCAUGCUGGCCCUCAGCUCGGACCUGCAGGCAGCCCGAGCCCUCACAGUCAUCUCCAUAGUUGUGGGAAUCAUGGGGGUGCUGGUGGCCGUGGUGGGGGCUAAGUGUACCAACUGUGUAAAGGACGAGACGGCCAAGGCCCGGGUGAUGAUCGCAGCGGGGGUAGCCUUCAUCGUAGCAGCGCUGACGCAGCUGAUCCCUGUGUCCUGGUCAGCCAACAGUAUCAUCAUGGAGUUCUAUAGUCCCAUCACUCCUGAGGCUCACAAAAGGGAGAUUGGAGGGGCUCUCUACCUGGGCUGGGCUGCAGCCGCUUUUCUCCUCAUUGGGGGGUGCAUCCUGUGCUGUAGUUGCCCCCCACAACCUGAGAAGAGGUAUGCAGGGCCGCCCUCGCGGAUGGUGUACUCCCUGACCAGGUCUGUGGCCCCUAGCGGCUAUGACAAAAGAGACUAUGUUUGAACUGACCUGGAUAUCUGGCAGCAGCUGCUUUCUGCUUUCUGCUCAGCGGACGAAGGACAUUUGAUACCAACCUUGAAUUCCAGAACAGAUAAAAUGGUGGUGAUUUCUACCAAUACAAUAAAAUACUGCUUUUUUACUGGAUCAUUUUUGAUGGUGCUCUGUUGAAGGGGAACACAACAAACUGGACUUGAUGUACUUUUAUUUUGUACUGUAUGCCUGUUUAAAAUAUACAAAGGUGUUGUAAAUAUUGUAUUGUAAUCUUACUAUUUGAAAGGAGUUGAAUUGAAACCAUCUGCAUUGUUACAUUUUAUAUUCUAUAGACUGAAUGAAUAACAGCUUAUGUUGUGUGUAUGUUGGAUAACAAUAUGCCAAACACUGACCGUUUAACAGCUUUUGUUAAGUGUGAAAAUAUCAACUAUUUUGAUGUUCGAUGUGUGUCAAUUUCACAAUAAAAACUGUUUCAUAAAACUUCA